AUCACAGCUCUGAUGAAGUUUGAUUGAUUGUUUGAAAUCCGGUGAACCUGCUUAAAGUUCAAAAUGGCUGAGAAUAUCAAACUCCUGAAUCACCUGAAUGACCUGACACAGGAUGAGCUGAAGACAUUUCAGUGGUACUUGAUCCAUUAUGACCAAGAGGGACAUCGACGCAUACCGAGGUCCCGCCUGGAUAGCGCUUCCAGAAUGGACACUGUGGAUAAAAUGGUGCAGGCUUACGGGGGAGACGGUGCUGUGGAGACCACGAUGGACAUUCUCGUAAAGAUCAAUCGUAAUGACCUUGCAAUAAGGUUAACUCAAGCCAAACGCGUCUCAAAAGUGGAUGCACAUUGGAUCGUUAAGGAUCUGUCUUGUCCAGUUUGUCAUGAUAUUUUCAUGGAGCCUGUUAUGCUGCAGUGUGGCGACAGCAUCUGUAAGAGCUGCGUGCGCAAAGACGAGAGGAGGGAACUCACUUGGAAAUGCCCACGCUGUUGGAAAGAGACACACACUGAACCUCAGGUUAAUUCCGCUCUGAAGAGGUUGUGUGAAAACUAUAGAAAAAGAAAAGGAGAAGGACCCCUCAUAACAGAGUCAGUUUCCACUAUUCAGGCUUCGUUGCAUCAAUUCAAACCCAGCUACAGCGCUCAGAAUGGAAGCAAUUUGGUCGCUCCCGUCAUGAGUGGUAAUAAUAUUGGUGGUAGCGUCUUCAUCAUCGGCACAGUCCAAGGGUCUGUCGUUUCCUCAAAACAGGCACUGAACCACGUGUUUGCAGACAGCUGUGGUGCUCUGCAGCCCCAGAAUCAAGAUUGGUCCAAGAAUUUGAUGGCCUGCCACUAUCUCUCCUGCUGUAUGACUGAAGCAGCAUCUUUGGAAAGAGCUACAGCCUUCAAUAAAACCACAGUUGGGGAGUUCUUUGACAAUCUGUCUGAAGCGAUGGACAGGUUCAGAUUCCCUCCAAACAUGAUCUAUAAUGUCGCCGUAACAGGUGUCACACCAGAGCAGACCUCAAAGCAGGCAGUGGCAGUAAGAGGAAAGACGCAAGUGGGCGUCAUCACGCCUGCCGAAAGAGAAUCGCAUGUGACUGUGGUCUGUGCAGUCAAUGCCACUGGGAAUGCAGUCCCUCCCAUGUUUAUCUUCCCAGGAGUCGAAUACAAUGACCACUUCAUCACAGGAGCACCUCCAGGAUCAACUGGCGCCUCCACCCCAUCUGGCUGGAUCAAUGAAGACACCUUUGCAGAGUUCCUUGAAUGUCUGGUUCGGUACACCAACUGCUCCACCGACCACCCCAUGCUGCUAAUCCUUGAUAAACAUCAGGUCGCCUUUUCACAGAAGGCACUGGAUAUAGCAAAAAGAAAGGGUAUUGUUAUGCUCUCAACCCCAGCCCACACAUCCCAUCGCCUGCAGCCUCUGCACAAGAGUGUUUUUGGUCCAUUUCAGACCUAUUACAACAGAGCUCUUGAUGGUUGGCUGAGAUCUAACCCAGGCAAAACAGCCAGCAUAUACCAAAUCCCUGGAUGUGUGAAUGAGGCUUUCAUGUCAGCCAUGACGCCACGAAAUAUCAACGCUGGAUUCACGUCCACAGGGAUCUUCCCUUACAACAGGGACAUUUUCUCUGAUGAGUUUGAACCAGACGUGGCGUCAGACAUGCCAAAUCCUGUGGAUUCAAUGUCCAUGUCUGCUGAGCUGCCUUUACAUGCAUGUGCUCCACCAAGUGGCCCAGAUUCGAAUCCACACAGUAUCCAGACUUAUACACCUUGUAGCAUCCAAUAAUGUAACUCGGGCUGAAACAAUUCCUCGAGUGACUUUAUUUAUUCUCAAAUCCAUGACUAAAAAGCUUCGUUAAAUCCAGUGCAACUGUACAGCAGGCUGUGUUUUGCAUGGAUGGUUGUUUCUGUUGCACAACGCACUUCAGUUACUUUCUCUGUUGAUUGCCUGCGCAGCUGUAACGUGGAUGUGAAGCGCGGAUUGCAAGACAAUGGACGAAGAGGGACAAGAAAACAGCAAGAGACAAAAAGAGGAGACACGUCAAAAAGUGUCAAGAGUGUGGGAUCAUUACAAGUUAAAAUUAAAAGAACGAAAACUUGUUAGCAUACCACAACAGCACGUCCUCAGUGCUACAACAUCUCAGUAGAAAACAUUCGGUGUAUGCAUCGAGUUCACAGAGCGGAUCUGACUCAACAAGGGAACAUUAUCAUCACGUUUAAUUGCAUUUAACCUUCAUCAGGGAUUGCUGGCUGAGAUUCAGAACGCAUGUAAAGAACGUACGCGUAUCGCUUCUUUGGCUGAUUAAUGUGGUGGCUAACAUCACAUGGCGUUGUAUCACAUGUAUUAGCUAAGUUUUGCUAGGGAAUAUAAUAUAUUUGUUAACACGUGCACCCUUUACUCAUUCAUUCAUUCAUUUACUCAUUCAUAGAGUAUGAAGCCUAAAUGCACAAAUCCAGUACAGCAGGUAUAUUAAUUUGCAGUGAGUAGGGUCAGCAGGUGUGAGGAACCCCCUUGACUGCAGUGAAUGAGUCGAAACUAGACAAUCACAGGAACUUAAAGUAUGAUAUUUAUAAAGGCCAAGUAAUAAAUAUCAAUAAAAAUGUAUUAUAAUCUUUUUUUGGAAAGUUGCAGAGUGGUACUUUGGACAGCUUUGUGCAAAGGGUUCCACCAUGUUUAACUGAGGAAGCAGCUGAGUUUACAGACAGCAGAUGCAUCAUUUGAUCUGUCAUAGCUGUUAAAGUUCACACUGCAGACAAGUGGGGUUUUUUUUUUGCAAUUAAAGCAAUAAAAAUGUUGAAUUUUCAGAAAAGGAAACAAAUGUGUUGCUCAUUUAUCUCAUUUCAGAGACUUGUAUUAUUUACUCUUUUAUAUUACCAUUACCCUUAAAUAAAGCUAAAGUAAUUUAACGAAAACAUGCAGUAUUUGUUAUCCAAUUACUCGAUUAAUCACCAGAAUACUCCAUUACUAGGAAUUGAUAGCUGCAGCCCUAAAUGUAAAAACUUCCUGAAAACAUAACAGAUGAAAAUGUAAUACUGAACCCAACUGAAAAUAUAAAAACCCAGUAAUGUAAUAACUUGACCAACAAUGUAAUAAAAUGGCCUGACUGAUAUUUUUACAGGUGA